AUGGAUGAGAGACUGACGAAUGAGGAGCUCCGGAACAGGUGUCUCGUCGGGUUGGAACAUGAAGUCAUUCCGCUGCCGGAGCAGACGUACCACGCCAUCGACGACAUCGAGCGGAUCGUGACGCUGCCGCACGAGGCUGCCCAUCGGGACGUCGAUGAGGUCGUGCUGACGGCCAACGAGGCCGGCGGGGUUCGGACGUUGACACCCCGCCCCCGAGACCUAAGAAUGCACGACUUCUUCAUCGAACAUUGGACGACAGGGCCGCACGACGAGGACGUUGAGCUCAGCGUGCGAUGUUUUGGUUCUGUGUUUCACCUAGUUAUUUCACCUAAAUACAUCAAAGCUCCCGAACUUGUAAAGCGGCAUCUUGAAUCCCUGCACGAUUUGGAUACGCGGGAUGGCAGCGAAGUGGCGCGCCAGCUCACGCAACCUUUCGAAUCCCUGAUGACGAGUCUGGCGCCGGAAGGCCCAGACACGGCCGGCUAUCUCCUUUCUGACUAUCUUUACCCGCAGCAUUUCUUGCUCAGGGCCGCAGCGAAUGCGGAAGAUACGCAAAUCACCCCGCGUCUCAGUAAGAGGACCAGCGGCACCGCUCCCGGAGACUACAUACUUCCAAGGCCCCGACGGGCCGGUUUCCAUCAAGUAGGGCUCGGGCAAAGCUUGGGCGAGCUUCAACUGGAGGAAUGGGUGCCGAAUAUAUACUCAUCAGAUCAAAUUCGACUGGUACCUUCCGCUUGGAGCCUGGAGAAUGACGUUCGACUAAGUGGCCCGACGAAAGUCAUUGCUCCUGAUGGUACACCAUACUUCUUCAAGCGAUGGUGUCGAUUCGGCAAUGGCCCAGGAGCAAGUUUUCGAGAGCUUGCCACGUACAGAGCAAUCCAAGAGGCCACGACAUCAGGGAAGCUCCGGCGCGACUUGCGCAUUUCCCGCCUUCAUGGGGUUGUGGUUGAUACAGACGUGGAAACACAUCCACGAUUUAGCGACAGUCCACAGUCCAGCGACAAAGCUUCCCUGGGUCAGGGCCGUCAGCGCCUUGUUGGGAUCCUGCUUACUUUCGUCGACACCAACAAACCAAAGUGGCUUGGGACGCUGUCUGACAGGGUUUGCUGCAAGGAUGGAAAACCCACGUCGGCUUUACUCUCCCGUUGGGCACGGGAAUUAGACGAGUGCGUCGCUGCGUUGCACGGUGCUGACAUCAUCUGGGGAGAUGUGAAGCCACAGAACGUACUGGUAGACCGGGAAGACAACAUUUGGGCAACCGACUUCGGGGGCAGCCACACCGUCGGAUGGGUCGACAAGGAGAAGAGAGAAACGAUCGAUGGGGAUCUACAAGGCGUUGAAAGAAUCAAACAUUUCCUCGAGAGUGCCGCGGUCUAA